CUCAAACAUGAAACAUAAAACAUGAGAAUAGUCGAGCUAGCAUAGUCCACUGCUAAACCCUAAACCCAAAAAUUCCCAAUUUCUCCCAAACCCUCUAUGAAAUUAGGGCUCGAUGAUUAAGCUUUUUGGUUCAAAUCCACGGCGUGUCAAUGCCAUUUCUGGGAGUUCUCGUGCACUGUUUUGCUCAAUUAAGGCCGCGGCCUCCUCCCAACCCCCAUUUGAGCCUUUGUACAUUAGGAUCUCCCGGGCCGGAAAUCCUAGGGUUUCCGUUGUACCGAUUCUCAAUCAGUGGGUGGAAGAAGGGAGAGAUGUAAAGAAAUGGGAACUCCAGAGUUUCAUCAAGCUGUUCCGUAAAUAUCGCCGCCACAGCCACGCCCUCCAGAUUUCAGAAUGGAUGAGUGAUGCACGGAACCAGUAUCUAACUCCAGGAGACAUUGCGGUUCGGCUAGAUUUGAUCUCAAAAGUUCAUGGCCUACAACAAGCUGAGGCGUACUUCAAUAGCAUACCAGACCAACUGAGAAACUUCAAGGUGUAUGGUGCUCUUUUAUUCAGCUAUGUAGAGAAUAAAUCUUCAGAAAAGGCUGAGACUAUUUUCGAGAAAAUGAACGAGUUAGGUUAUUUGAAGGGAUCAGUAGCUUAUAAUGCUAUGCUGACCCUCUAUUCUCAGAUAGGUAAACAUGAAAAACUAGAUAUUCUAGUAAAGGAGAUGGAAGAAAAGGGCAUUGAUUAUGACAGUUAUACAUUGAAGAUUCUAUUGAAUUUGUAUGCAGCCAUUGCUGAGAUAGACAGAAUGGGGAAGCUUUUAAUGAAGAUAGAAGCCGAUCCUUUGGUCAAUGUAGACUGGAAUGGUUAUGUUAUUGCAGCAAAUGGGUUCUUGAAAGCUGGCUUAUUAGAGAAGGCUUCAACAAUGCUUAGGCGAUCAGAGCAGCUCAUCAGCAAUAAAACAAGUAAAUUUGCUUAUGAAGUCCUCCUCACUUUAUAUGCUACUAUUGGGAAUAAAGAUGAGGUUUAUCGUAUUUGGAAUAUGUACAAAAAUAUGGUGGGAUUAUACAAUUCUGGCUAUCUUUGUGUGCUAAGUUCAUUAGUAAAGCUGGGUGACAUUGAUAGUGCUGAGAUGAUCGUGGAGGAAUGGGAAUCUGUGGCCAAGUUCUUUGACAUUCGAAUUCCCAACUUGCUGAUCACUGCAUACUGCAAGAAGGGUCUUUUGGAGAAGGCCGAUUUAUAUAUAAAGCGGCUUGAAGAGAGCGGUAAGGAGCUGGAUGCAAGCAUUUGGACUCGUUUGGCAACCGGAUAUCAUAUGAAUGGUCAAAUGGAUAAGGCAGUGGAAACAAUGAAAAAAGCAAUAUUAGCAAGUCGAGCAGGAUGGAAGUUCAAUCAUCUAACUUUGGCUGCGUGUCUUGAAUACUUGAAAGAGAAGGGAGACGUGGAAGUAGCACAAGAGCUUUCGAGAUUAAUUAGAGAAACAGAUCAUUUUUCAGCUGAUUUGUGUGAUAAAUUAGAUAAGUAUGUUAUUGGUGAACUUCAUAGAAGAGAUGGGGAAGUAUCACAAGAACUUUUGAGAUUGUUGAAAGGGAGUGAUCAUCUUUCAACCACUUCAUAUGAUAAAGUUGAAGAUUACACAUAUGAUGAAUCUAAGGUUAUGGCAUUGAUAAAUUGAAAGAGGAUAGUCAUCUGGGAGGAUUUGAUGAAAUCGACUAUUGCAGAGGGGUUGAUAGCACCAGUUUUCAUUCUGUAGAGGUGUUUGGUUCUAUAACCAACAAAAGGCGAACGUCCACGCCAUAUUUCUUUUUCAGUAGAACUAAAGGAAGGUUUGUUCUCUUUCGUGUUAUCGUUGUAUUUCAGGUGGAUUAAGUACGUUUGUACAGAUUUUCAUUUAACCACAAAAAUUUAAAAUAAGCUGACAUCAAGAACAAUGCGAAAGAGGAAAUGAACUGUGGAUUGUUCUUUUCGUCA